GAUCUCACACAGCGCCGAGCGGCAGAGCAGAGUGUGAGUGUAUCUGUGAAUCGCUCCCCAGUGCGCUCAGACCACAGCAGACACGACUCGGUAAACGGAGGGACGAAUAAGUUAGGAGCGCAACGCAUUUGAAGGACAUAAAGCAAGGCGCCUCUCUGCAAGGCGCAUGACCGGCAGCGGGUGGAGGAUGCUGUCAAGCCGCUCUGUGGUGGUUGAGUGCGGGUAGUGCACACGCCGCGCUGCUCCCGGUUCGGGUCGCGCAAACGGACGCUCCGGUUCUCCGGUGCCUGGGUUGGAGACCCGUGUGUGGACUUCGUAAUCACACUGGACUUUUGCCUUUAUGCCUGUGCAGCAGUGAUCGUGAUUUUGAAGACAUUUAUUUAAAGAGGGAUUUUUCACAGAGGAAAUUUAAACCAUACGGCUCCACUUGGACUUUUUAUUGUUUCCAGUAUGGGACCUGACGCCAAAAGUCGCUCUGGGACAUUUGACAUUGGACUGGAAUCAUGAAUUAGAAGAGUGAAAUGGUCCAAUUCCCUGUUUGACUGCUCCAGGUCUUUCUGGGUUUUUCUUUUAGUUUGCAAGUGAGGUAUUUUAUUCACAAGUUACGCUUGGAUAAACGCGCACAGACAAACUUUAAAAUAUGAUAGGUCACUUGAGCAGAGUUUUUUUUUUAAAUCUGUUUGGUAAAUAAUAGACAAAAAGAAGAUCAAUUAAAGUGCACGCGUUAAAGGCAGGAGCAGGAACGCAGUUGCGUGCGUAAUUGGACACGGUUGUGUCCCCUCUUCUCUUUGCGUCCUUGGAUAAUUUGAAAAACAAAAAACAGUUUAUUCACAACAAUGAGAAGUGAUUUGGUGAGUUUUAACAUUUUAAUUAGUAGAUUAAGCAGUUUAAUCAGUUGUGUGUCAUAAAUGUUUGAUUAGUUUUUUUUUGUAUAUCUUUUUUUCCACUUUUUGCUUUUGCGGACAGACGGAAAACAGACAGUGUGUCGAUGUCUGGCAAACUGGCCGUCAUGUGGGAUUGAUUGCAUGGGAGUAUGUUUGGGCUGGAGCAGUUUGGUUCUCAGAUUAAUAGCAGAAACCCUGGCCAGUCAGAGAGAAACAUAAACCAACCGAGACUGAACAUGGGCUCUCAUUAUAAAAGCCCGGGUUUUCACGCUGGAGGCCCACCGGGAGCAGUGGAGCCCGGUAUGGGCCCUCUGAGCGAGCCGCAAAUGCUCGGGCUUAACAUGAACAUGAACGGAGAGCAGUACGGGGGCUUUCAUCCGCGGGGCCACUCGGACAUGCAUGCAGGCGGCGGACUUCAGCAGCAGCAGCAAGGACCCAUGCAUGGAUUUUUCAACAACCAGCAACCUCAUCAAGGGCAUCCUCACAGCCAUCAACCUCAUCCCCACCAACCUCACCCUCAUUUCAGUGGGAAUUUUGGAGGCCCAGAGCCUGGCUCAUCAUGCCUGCAUGGUGGCAGGCUAAUGGGCUACAACAACAAUGGCAUGGGACCACAGCAGGGCUUUGGAGAAGGAUUUGAUCCUCUCGCUGAGGGGCAGGCAGGGGACGGCUUCCCCCAGCAGCAGCAGCAGCAGCAGCAGCAGCAGCAGCGGCCUGGUAACAUGCCUGACUUUCAACAUCAUGGGCCUCCCAGUGGCAGCCAUGCUGUCCCUGCCCCCUGUCUACCCCUGGACCAGUCACCUAAUAGAGCGGCAUCCUUCCAUGGGCUCCCUUCUUCCUCAUCCUCAUCCUCUGAGUCUCACAGCCUGGAGCCUCGGCGGAUGCCCAACCAGGGAGCUGUAGAGGGAUUAGAGUAUAACUUCCCAAGUGAGCCUCCAUCUGGACAUUUUGAUGUCCAUGUAUUUUCCCCAUCAGAAUCAGAAUCUCAGUUACCCCAUUUUGGGCCAGGGAGGCCAGUUCCUGGUGGGAAUUUUCCAGGGAACAGUGGCAUGCCACGGACACCAGGUAUGCAGGGCAUCUCAAAGGGACACCAGCCGCCGCCACCACAACCCCAGCAGCCUCAGCAUGGUGUGUUUUUUGAGCGUUUUGGAAACGGCCGGAAGGUGCCCGUGGGAAUGGAGCCGGGGGUCAGUGCGAGACAUCCUCUCAUGCAACAGCAACAACAGGCUGGCUUGAUAGCCAGACAGAACUCAUGUCCCCCUGGCCACCCCAGACCCCCUCAGGCAGAGCCCGGCUCUACUAACCCUAACAUUCUGGACGGAGGGGUCAUGAUGCCUGGCCAACACAACCAGUUUGAAUAUCCCAUUCACAGACUGGAAAAUAGGGGGCUGCACCCCUAUGGGGACCCCAUGUUUAAUAUGCAACAGCCAGCUCCUCCUCCCUCCCAGCAGCCCCCAAACCAGAGGCUGCAACACUUUGACUCUCCUUAUAUGAACAUGGCCAAAAGGCCUAGAUUUGACUUUCCAAAUGCACAUGGCAGUGAAGGCUGGUGUGGUGGAAUGGAUAACCACCUCUCUCCUUCUGCCUACCCUGGCCUGCCAGGAGAGUUCACCCCUCCUGUGAGUGAAGGUUUCCCACCAGGUCCCCUGCAGCAUCCAGGGCCAGAGCAGCAGUCUCUACAGCAGCGUCAGAAUGCAGCCAUGAUGAUCAAACAGAUGGCCUCUCGAAACCAGCAGCAGAGAAUGAGGCAGCCCAGCCUGCAGCAGCUGGGUCACCACGGUGAUGUUCCUCCUGGCCCAAUGGCUCACGGAGGCCCAGUAGGGAACAUGCCUCAGCCUAACUUUGACAGGGAGAGUGGAGGCAGGAUGCCCAACAUUGAUGGACAAAAUCCUCAUGUAACUCAGGAGACUUCCUGGUUCCAAGGGUCCCACCCAGCAGGAGAGAUGAUGUCAAGGCGUAUGGGUGGAGCGGGAAAUGAAUCAGGGCCUCAUGACAUGGGGAUGCAGCAGAAUGGGGCUGGGAUGAUGUUUCGGCCAGGCAUGGGCAUGCAGGAGCCCAUGAGAAUACCAGGAGAUGGCCAUGUUCCGGCUCUCCAUUCCCCGGGCAUGCACUCACAAUUCAGCACCAACAUGGGCAACCUCUCGCAGAUGCAGAGUCCCGGAGCAGGAACAGGGCACCCCAAUGCACCAGCGGAAAGGCGGCCAGCUGAUUUCCCUGCACCGCCGAUGGGGGCACAACCAACGUUUCCCUAUGGAGGGGGUAACCGUCAAGGGCCGCCCCACAGUGGCCCCCAGGGGGUGAGCACCUCACCAGGGACAUAUCCUCCUCAGUCUGAGUUCCCCUCAGGCCAGCGGUCAUCUGUUAGUAAGUUAGGAGCUCUGUCCCUGGGGAACUUUAACAAAACCAGCUCUAAAGACAGUGUGUUUGGUCAGAGCUGCCUGGCGGCCCUUUCCACAGCCUGCCAGAACAUGAUAGCCAGCCUAGGGGCCCCCAAUCUUAACGUAACAUUCAACAAGAAGAACCAAAAUGAGGGCAAGCGAAAACUGAGUCAGACGGAGCAGGACAUUAAUAGCAGCACAUCUAAUGGCACUGGCAGUGCUGGUCCUGAAUAUUUUCAGAGCAGCACUUCCCAGAACAGCCAGAUGCCUGGCACCGGGAAUAGCAACUCUAAGCCUGCAAGUCAAAGCCAGACGGUGCAGGGGGAAGCCAGUGCCCUCUCCCCAACUUUCAACAUGGACGCUACCCCGUGCAGUGAGGGGAAGGCAACAACAGGGAGUGGGAGAGGGAGAGGGAGGAGAAAAAGAGACAGUGGACAUGUGAGCCCUGGAAUUUUUUUUUCCUCUGACAAUGUUAACCCUGUUGUAAGUCCAGGCCAGCAGACCCCCUCGGCUGGCGUUGGGGAGAGGGGUGGGGGCACGCCCCAUGAGAAACACCUCCAAUCGCCAUCUUGGGGAAAAGGAGGUGACCUAAUGUUGGGGGACCAGGCUGAUCUGAUGUCAUCUUUAGACAGUGGCAUUCAAAGUGUUGCCAAGUCUGACAGCAGCUCACCUCGAGUGGACUUUCCUGACGAUGUCAGCACCCACUACGGCAACGAGGACGAGGUAUCCUCCAGCUCAGACGCGGGAGGGGCCUCUGCAACAAAGCCUAACCGCAGCCCUAUGAUCACCGGCUCACCCAAAAUACAGAGGGGUGAUCAUGGCUUGAUAAAUGGACAGAAGCCCCUUGGCAUGGGCAUCAACAAUCAUACUACCUCGACACCAGACAGCUAUGGACUAAAUGCUGGUGGGGGCACAGGGGCCAAUGGUGUCAGCCACCCAGGCACUCCUGGGGUGGAGCAGGUACGCACCCCAUCCAGCACCUCUGGCCAGGAUGAAAUCCAUCCUCUGGAGAUUCUGCAGGCCCAGAUCCAGCUCCAGCGGCAGCAGUUCAGUAUCUCUGAGGACCAGCCCCUGGCCAUGAAGAAUGGCAAGAAGAAUGGCGACUGUCCAUCGCAGAAUGGAGACAAUGAGCUGGCAGGCUGCAGCCCGGAUGCUGGUAAGGGCUCAAUGGGCACCAUUGACCUUGACACCCUCAUGGCAGAGCAGCACGCCACCUGGUACGUGCCCAGUGACAAGGCCAUGAUGGACGGGUCAGAGGAUGACAAGGCCAUGGGACCAUGGGAAAAAAAUAAGAGCCAAAACAACAGUAAAGAAGAGUCCGAGCUGACCCAGAGUAAGACUGGAGCCGGGGCCCCAGGAGCUGGAGGAGGAGGAGGAGGAGGAGGAGGAGGAGGAGGAGGAGGAGGAGGAGGAGGAGGAGGAGGAGGAGGAGGAGGAGGAGGCGGGAGCAGCGGAGGGAACCACCUGCAGUGCCUGUCCGUCCACUGCACAGACGAGCUGGGGGACAGUAAGGGUCGAGGGGGGCCCGUCUCAUCCUGGCGUUCGCUCCACUCUGAUAUCUCCAAUCGGUUCGGGACAUUCGUGGCCGCACUGACUUGAACAAAGCAGGAAGAAGAAAACGGGAUUACUUAUAAGACUUCAUAAGCUUCAGAGACAACUUAAAGAUGAUAUGAAUGAUGAGGAGGAAAUGGUGUCGCUAGCAGCUCGUGUCUGCUCAGAGACAGAAAGACAUUUACGCUCAUAAAUGCAAACACACUCACUCUCACACACACAUUCACACAUGCUAAUACCAUGUCUUUUCUGAAACAUGCAUUCACUCUCUCUGUCUUUCUCUCUCUCUCUCUCUCACACACACACACACACACAAACUCACACACUCACACACACAUACACUGCUGGACUUUGCAGCGCGGGCUUCUCUCUACAAUGCCCACAUCUGGAAAACCUCAAUUCAAUACUUUGUUUUCUUUUAUUUUCUUUGUUGAAGAUAAAUAAAGAAAUGUCAAAGGAGGAGAUAGAACAAAUAGAAGUGGAAGAAGGGAUAUUCGGUUAUUAGUGGCUCUGAUUGUAUACCAGUGUUGAGAACAAGAUCUCAUGACUUUCAAUUCGUUGAUGGCCUCAUUAACUAUUAUGGAUCCAAUGUGUUCAUCCAGAAGGAGAGAUUUCUUCACUCCUAUUAGUAAAUAUUGCAGACUGUUUAAUACAAACACACCAAGAAGCAAAACCAGAGAAAGAAAGGGUGAAUACGCAUGAAUGUAACUCAACAGUUUUUUAUGAACACCUCAUUCUCAAGCAAAAUGAAACCUCAAUUGUUCUUAAUCAUUUACAAUUUGUUGCAAUUCUUCAAUCUUUAUAAUGCUGAGAACAACUUCCCCUCAUUGUUUUUAUUUUUAUUCUCUUCUACUUACCUCUGCUAUCAACCAUAUGAGCUCAACCACUUCUAUACAAUUCAGCCAAUGGGAACUGAAUAAAUGGAGGUUGAGGGAUUGUUUAAUAAGGGAAUUGAAAAAAAGACUAUUGGUAUUGCACAUGUAUAAUAAGAGAAAAUUUGCUGUGUGUUAGGCAAUCUUGUAAUCUUUAAAUAAAGCUUCUGUUGAAUUUGAAUUUCUGAAACAAUAGAUGGAGGACUGUGACGGCAUUUUAUGAACUGAUAUUUGUUUUCUUUUUUUGGUUUUCUUUUUUUUAAUAAUAUGUAAAGUGCAGUCGUCUGUUUUCCUGCAUAUUGUAUAUAUCUGUAUAUGUUUUAUUGAGUAACUAAAUAACAAUAAAUAUGACGUUAAAGGUG